AUGGUACAUAGCCAUUAUAUUAAACGUGGCGGAAGGAAAGAGGCCAAGAGGAAUCUUCUGGCCCUCCUGGCAGAUAAUGAGUCCGAGGAGUAUGAUAAAGCAUGGAUGCUUUAUGAGACAGCUGGUCACCCCCUCGACGUAAACCCUGCUCUUCUUGCAUUUUUAAGUCGCUCUGGGAACGAUGUAGAUCAUCGACGAGCGAAAAUAUUAUUUCGCGGGAUUGCUUUCGACUCUCGAUUGGCCGACGAUUAUCUGCACAUGGCAAGGUCUUAUUUGACGACCGGGAGUCCAUAUGGUGUAAUCAGCACCUGUAAGAAGGCAAUUUCUAAGGGCCAAGGUAUCCCAUGCUGGGGAUUUGCCUUGGCAAACUUUGUCAGGAGCACCGAGUGGGAAGCGGCGCUAAAUAUAUGGGAUUUGAGGCCACUAUCCAUGGAGGAUCAGCUGUGGAGACCCGUUGCGCAACAUUUGGCUGCUCCUGACAUGCCAAAGAGCUUGCUUACCUUUUCCACGUUCUUGGAAGACCAACCAUUAAAUAGCCGGGCUUACGGUCUUGCCCAGUUUUUACUUUCCCAUGCUUUCGCUACUCCAGAGGCCGUGCACAGUACAGCGACUGAAACGCUGUUGCUUCUGUUACGAAAGUUUAGCUCGCUGUUUAUCCUCACCCCCGAGCACUAUUUCAAACUUAUCGACAGUCUCCAGUCAUCUCAGAUCAGAACAAUAUCCGUACGAUCCAUCCUAUUGUAUCGUAACUUUCGCUGGCAGAUGCAGGGAGAUGUCCCACCUGCAGAGCUUCUCCUUCAACUUAUACAACGCCUGGCCUCGCUGGAAAUCACGACCGGCAUCCAGUAUCUCUUGGAUGAAUUCACCCAUUUCUAUGGGAAACCGACCGUGGAUGCGUAUAGGAUUGCCCUCGCAGCAUUUUCUAAAGCUGGCGACGUGGGAAAGGUCACGCAAAUCUUUGAAAAUUAUAUCUCAGAUCACGGUAAACCAUUAAGCCGGAGACUCCUUACUCCACUCCUCUACGUUCAUGCGAGAGCUGGAAAUGUACGAGAAACGGUCCGUCAAUUCAAUAGGAUCUCGGAGGAAUUCGGCCUCGAGCAAAACACCGUGUGCUGGAAUAUAGUCCUCGCUGCAUAUGCUAGAUCCGACGACCUCGAAGGAGCCUUUACAUUGUUCAAGCAGAUGCUCCAAAAGGGGGCGACACCCAAUCCUCACACGUUCGGCACGGUAAUGGGAUUAUGUGCUAAUAGGGGCGAUAUCGAUACCGUCCGUCAGCUGCUUGCUCUGGCUGAGAAAAGGCAGGUGCAGAUGACCGCCCCGUUGCUUGAUACCAUUGUGGAGGCAUACUGCAACAAUCAGAGACUCGAUUUGGCCGAGAGCGUUGCAGAAAUAUGUCUCGGGUUGGAUGUGAAGGGCUCGCGUGUGAGAAUGUGGAAUGUGCUACUUUGGAAUCAUGCAUUCCGGAUGGACUUGGAAUCUAUCUCUAGGAUCCGCUCACGCAUGGAUGCGAACGGCCUGUCGCCAGAUGGGAUGACUUAUGCCGCCCUCAUGCUCAGUCUGGUGCUCACAGGGCAGACAGACGAAGCGCGGCGCAUUCUCCGGAAGCUUCACAGAAGCUACCAAAUGUACACCACAGAAUUUCACUACGCCAUAAUUCUCUAUGGCUAUGUCAAGGCUCGAAAUCGUGACAUGGUGCACAUUAUCUUUCGUGAAAUCAAAGAGCGUUUUGACCGACCGGGAUUUAGUUCUCAGCUCCUUGUUCUCAAGAGUCAGAUCCAUCGAGAUUUGCAGCUCGUCCAGGAUUGUGGUAGGCAAGUUAACGCUGCCAACAUUCGCUUGGAGAAUGCUGAGAUGUUCCUUGCCGAAACCAUCGCAGAGUUCAACACCACCAAGCUGGCAACCAAACAACCUUUGCCGGGUGCAGGGAGGAAGCCUCCUCGCAUUGCCUUCCCUGCUAUGUACUACGAGUAUAUAAUCACGGCCUAUGGAACGAGAGGAGCGUCGGAAAGGGCCAGGGCGCUGUUUGAUCAGUUCGUAAACGGUCAACAUCCUCCGGAUUCUCCAGAGGAUGCCAAAGAUAUAGCGCCAAUUCAUCUGCUUGUCGCACUGAUGCUUGCACACAUGAAGGCCGAGCAAUACAAGAAGGUUGAAGAAUGUUGGGAGUUGGCUUUCCCCCGCGCCAGAAAGAUAGCUAGCCGCUCCACUGUCGAUGAAUGGCUCUCUGAACAGUUGGCCUCUAGUGCUAGUCCACCUCGGCCCUCUUUGCCAAUAUCGGUCCGUGGCGAGCAGGAAAUGCUAAUAGGGCCAGAUACGGUUGAUCUCUCCCGAUCGAAGAAGAAAUCUUCAGUGCUGCCGUCAUAUAAAUUCGUUCUGUCUUGGCCGCUAUCUCUAUACAUGCGGUCUUUAGCCUAUCUGAAUGAGCCAUGGAAAAUCCGCCAAGUUGUAGCGGAGGUUGAGAAGGCCGGCUUUAGUCUGACGACUUUUAACUGGUCAACAUACGUGCAGAUGCUUGCAUCUUCUGACAAGCCUUCGGAUCAAGUUGAGGCUUUUACCGUCUUCGAACAGAAGUUCAUGCCUAACUUCCCAGGAUGGAAGAACCUUCGUCGAGGGUAUGGGGUGAAGCCUGCUGGCGUACCUGCCACCUUUGACGUCAUAGAGAAGAACCCAAGGCGUGGGAAACACCCCGACGUUUUUGGCAAGGAGAGUCGGCGGUACUGGAGCAAGAUUCAACCAGAUUUCAUGCAGCCCACCUAUGUUUCUAUGGUAUAUUUGGCGUCUGCCCUCCUUGGGUUCCGGGAGAGGAGUAUCCACGAUGGAGGUGCUGAAGUAAAAAAUCUCUAUAAAGCGGCACCGAAAACCAUUGAGACAAUUGCUAACAUGCCCUACCUACGCGAACGGUUCCAGGGCGUGUUGCUUCGACGUCGUCAGGAACAAGGUGAUAAUAAAGAUGAUACAAAUAUACUUGAACCUUUCGUUUGGACUGGUGGUAUCCUCGGCGUGGGAGGUCGACGAAGGGCUCCAAACCCGGACGAAACUAUGCAUCAGCCAGCAAAGGAAGAGCAUGAUUCGUGUGAGGAAGAUAUUGAGUUAGAUGACGACUCUUCGGCAAUUGAGCCUACGCCAAGUGAGGAGCAAAUUGCUCUUUCCGAGGGCGAUGGUUACCAUAUUAAUGACAGCCUCCCUCUGGGCAGCACGUCGACGAUUUCCGACAAAACCAUUAGCCCCGAGGACGAGUAUGAUACUGAGGCUGAGUCACUUUUGGGGAUCAGGCGCAAAUCCAAUGAAGCGAACGAUGAGAUUUUGGACAAUGAGCAUCGGGAGAGUUCUAACCAGAUCUAUCACGAUGAGAGAAUUGCAUUGUUGGAUGAAAUUCACCCUCUUAAGCAGGAUGGUCAAGACACUGAAGACGCGCCGUCUCAUGAACGGAGGAUCGGAGGAUGA